GGGGAGCGGCUGCGCGGCGCGGGCGGGCGGGCGCUUGCCCAUGGGCUCCCGCGGCCGGCGCGGAGCUCGGCGGGCGGCCUCGGCCCCCCGCUUCUGGCUGAGGCCUGAGGCUGCAGGGCCGCCCCCUCGCUGCCGCCACCGCCUCUGAGGGAACGGCCCCCGCCCCGCCCGCGGGGGCGGCCCGCGCCGCGGCCCCUCCUCGGGGGCGGCCGGCUGCUUGGGCAGGCGCUGCGGGGCACCGUGGUCGCCGGCCUCGCCGGCAGAGCUGCUCCUGGGCACCAGUUUAGAUUACUGCUGAUUUGAUCCUCUGGAAUCUGCAAAAGGAAAGUCUGCCAGCCUCUGUGAAUAGCUUUGCAGUGUAACAGGAGUGGAGUUCCCGAGCAGAAUCGCUGAGAGAUAUGUGAACAAGUGUAAGCAAAGCUGAGCACAUCAGUAUUUCUGCCUCAAACCUGGGCUUGUUUCCCAGGCACAGUUUGUGUGUGGGGUGAAUAUCCUCCUGGCACCUGGAGAUGAUGUCGGUCGAAGGGUCUACAAUAACAAGUCGGAUCAAAAAUCUACUUCGCUCACCUUCCAUUAAGCUAAGGAGAAGCAAGCCUGGGAACAAGCGUGAAGAUAUAGGCAGCAAGGUGACUUUGGAGAAGGUGUUGGGGAUAACUGUGUCGGGAGGCAGAGGAUUAGCCUGCGACCCGAGAACUGGCCUCGUUGCUUAUCCAGCAGGGUGUGUUGUUGUGCUGUUCAACCCUAGGAAAAAUAAGCAACACCAUAUUCUAAACAGUUCCAGGAAAACAAUUACAGCACUUGCUUUCUCUCCAGAUGGAAAAUAUUUGGUUACAGGAGAGAGUGGACACAUGCCGGCAGUUCGGGUAUGGGAUGUGGCCGAGCGAACCCAGGUGGCUGAGCUCCAAGAGCACAAGUAUGGUGUGGCCUGUGUGGCCUUCUCCCCCAGCUCCAAGUACAUUGUUUCAGUGGGGUACCAGCAUGACAUGAUUGUCAACGUGUGGUCUUGGAAGAAAAACAUUGUAGUGGCAGCCAACAAAGUCUCAAGUAAAGUGACAGCUGUAUCAUUUUCGGAGGACUGCAGUUACUUUGUCACUGCUGGAAAUCGACACAUCAAGUUCUGGUACCUGGAUGACAGCAAAACCUCCAAGGUCAAUGCCACAGUCCCCUUGCUGGGUCGCUCAGGAUUGCUUGGAGAACUGAGGAACAACUUCUUUGCAGAUGUGGCAUGUGGGAGGGGCAAAAAAGCUGACAGCACCUUCUGCAUCACAUCCUCAGGCCUGCUCUGUGAAUUCAAUGAAAAAAGGCUGCUAGACAAGUGGGUGGAGCUGAGGAAUACAGACAGCUUCACAACCACUGUGGCAAACUGCAUCUCUGUGAAUCAUGACUACAUCUUCUGUGGCUGUGCUGAUGGCACCGUGCGGAUUUUUAACCCUCUGAACCUUCACUUUGUCACCACGCUGCCGAAGCCGCACUUCUUGGGAACCGACAUCGCAAGUGUGACUGAGGCCAGUCGUCUUUUCUCUGGUAUGGCCGAUGCGAAGUAUCCGGACACAAUUGCCUUGACCUUUGACCCCACCAACCAGUGGCUUUCCUGUGUGUACAAUGACCACAGCCUGUAUGUGUGGGAUGUCAAAGACCCGAAGAAAGUGGGCAAGGUGUACUCUGCUUUGUACCACUCUUCCUGCGUGUGGAACAUUGAGAUGUAUCCGGAGGUGAAGGACAACAAUCAGUCAUGCCUCCCCCCUGGUUCCUUCAUCACCUGCUCCUCUGACAACACCAUUCGUCUGUGGAACACUGAGAGCUCCAAUAUUCACGGCACAGCCCUGCACCGCAACAUCCUCAGCAAUGACUUGAUGAAAAUAAUCUAUGUAGAUGACAACACUCAGGUACUUCUGGACACUGAUUACAACUCAGGAGGAAGUGCAGACAAAGCUGAUGCACCAGUGAUGGAUGCAAAGGUGGGGAUACGCACUGUCUGCGUGAGUCCCAGCGGGGAGCAUCUGGCCUCAGGGGACAGGAUAGGCACUCUCAGGAUAUAUGAGUUGCAGUCUCUGAGGGAAAUGCUGAAGGUGGAAGCCCAUGACUCUGAGAUCCUAUGUCUGGAGUACUCCAAACCUGACACAGGCUUAAAGCUCUUAGCCUCAGCCAGUCGGGAUAGAUUGAUUCAUGUCUUGGAUGCUGGAAAGGAUUACAGCCUGCAGCAGACCCUGGAUGAACAUUCUUCUUCCAUCACUGCUGUGAAGUUUGCAGCCAAUGAUGGGAAAGUACGAAUGAUAAGCUGUGGGGCAGACAAGAGCAUCUAUUUCCGCACUGCGCAGAAGACAGGAGAAGGGGUUCAGUUUACCCGAACACAUCACAUUGUUAGGAAGACCACUCUGUAUGACAUGGAUGUGGACCCCAGCUGGAAAUAUGCAGCUAUUGGAUGCCAGGAUCGUAACAUCAGGGUUUUUAACAUCAGCAGUGGGAAGCAGAAGAAGCUUUACAAGGGAUCCCAAGGUGAAGAUGGCACCCUCAUCAAAGUCCAAACAGAUCCCUCUGGUCUUUAUAUUGCAACCAGUUGUUCUGACAAGAACCUCUCCAUCUUUGAUUUCUAUUCUGGCGAGUGUGUUGCAACCAUGUAUGGGCAUUCAGAGAUUGUAACUGGGAUGAAAUUCAGUAAUGACUGCAAACAUCUAAUUUCUGUUUCUGGUGACAGCUGUAUCUUCAUCUGGCGUCUGAGCUCAGAGAUGACCAUCAACAUGCGGCAGCGACUGUCUGACAUGAAGCAGAGAGGGAAGCAGGCAGAGAAGUCUCCACUGCACAAGACAGCUGGACUCAUGAGGCAUGAGUCUAUCUCUGCCCUGUCUUCUGUGCCUGCACUUUCAUCAGACAGCGACAAGGAUGGUGAAGAUGAAGGGAAUGAUGAAGAUGAAUUACGUGGGCUGCAGUCUUUCCGUAUUCAGUCCACCUGCAACACUGAGAGAGACUCAGAUCCAGACCUUACACUCUCAAGAAGCCUUUCCCACUGGGAAAUGAGGAGGGCCAAAGAGAUAGCAGCGAUCCAGCACUCAGAGGCACCAAUGAGCAAGAUGCCCCGGCAACGCGGGCGCUGGUCCCAGCCAACCAGCAACAUAGAGAUGACUGUAAAAUCCAUGCUUGACUUGCGUCAGUUGGAGUCUUUCUCUGUUUCCCGUUCUCCGAGUCGAGACUCGCUGUCUCAGAACAGCAAUGGGGAUGACAGAGAAGAACAGGCAGAUCUUCCUGUGCACAUCAACAAAGUUGGCAGCUCAUUACCUUCCCAAGAUAACAGGUCUUGUGUGCGACCUCAAGUGAUUCGGCUUGUGUCUUGUGAAGAGGGGAUUUUCUCUCAGGAACUGGAACCUUCUGAGAGUGAGGAGUGUGUAAUCUACCCUGAGCAAGAUGAAAUCCAACCCACAGACCCUAGCAGUGAGUUCCAGGUAAAAGCGUUGUCCCACGGGAAGCUCAGUAGAGGUUAUCACAGUAAUGGAUGCCCAGACAAACACAGUCCUGACAGUGCCUGCUCUGUAGAUUACAGCAGCAGUCGUCUGUCCAGCCCAGACCAACCAAAUGAAGAUUCUGAAAGCACCGAGCCUCUAAGUGUGGAUGGCAUCUCAGACUUGGAGGGAGAGGAAGGAGAGGAGGACAUGGGUACUAGCAUGCCAGAGGGAGAAAUCCCCCAGAUACCUGAUCAAGAGAAGUUCCUCAAACAGCAUUUUGGGACCCUGGGCAGCACUGAUGGAAAAGGUGGCUCAUGUAGGAGUCUGGAAAGAACUGAAAGCCUCAGCAUUUCCUCUCGCUUUCUUUCCCAGUCCCCGGCUCUCAGACGAUUGUCUCUCUCUUCGUCAAAUCUGAUCCUGGAUUCAAAGUCAGUUGAGCCGCCAACCCAGACCAGUUGUUUUACACCAGAUCUGUUGAAAAAUGGCAGCAGCCAUCCUGGUGAUGCACUGGAGAACAGCCAGCUCCUGGAGAGUGUGAAUUCAAAUCGGGCUGUUUAUGUCCAGAAAAAACGCAGAUCAGCUUUGGAGGCCAGCAGAGCUGGUAUGGCUCCUGGACGGGUUAUUGCAUCCUUUCCAGAAGGCCCUGUGAAUGCAGUGAUGAGAAAGGCCCAGUCAGUUCACGACCUUGUUCAUGACGAUAAGGGUCCUGGAGUGAUAUGCUCUGUGAAGCAGCAUUCUCAGACUCUUAUGGUGGUUGAGAAGGAUCCCAGACCGAACAAUGGUAGAGCAUUAUCAGCCAGUAUGUUGAAGAUGGAUGGAUCUGGUGCUCUGCUGGCCAAAGAUGUAAGGGCUGCAAAACCAAAGUCCUACAUGAACCCCACAACUAGCUUCCGAGCUAAGAUGUCAAGGAGCGUAUCUGUAGGGGAAAAUCUGUACCUUGGUUACUCCACUGAAAUGUUGACUGAUGGGAGGACUAGCCCUCCAGUGGCAGAGAAGGCACAGUUUAGUUCCACAGCAGAUGCUGAGAAAAUUAAGCUACCAGUGAAAGAAAAUGUUCCCGUGAAACCAGCACUUCAGCCAGUUGUAAACUGCUCAUCUCCCAAGUCCUUCCACAGCAAGUUGGCAUCAUCAAACCGAGCACAUCUGAUUCUUGACAUUCCCAAGCCAUUGCCUGAUAGACCCACACUGGCUUCCUUCUCACCCACUACCAAACCAAAAAUGCCGCUCGAGCCACAGUCUCCGCAGUCAUCUGCUGGGGCCUGUAAAAAGAAACCCUCUUUUCCUGAGGUCCGAAGCUCCAAGAGGGAGAAUCAAACUGCUGGGUCUCUGGUUCCUGGCAGAGAGAUCCCAACAGGACUUGCUAAGGAGAGCUCAGUGGAGAGCCCAGUCUCACGGACAAGUUGCCAAGAUGAGCCAGACACUAAUCCAAAACUGAGGGAGUUGUCAGAGGGCUGGCACCUAAGGUCUCCAGAGGGCACACUGCCAAGGUGCAGGGAGAGGAUCACCGGCAUCGCCUGUGUGCUAGACAACCAGCCCGGACUUUGCCCACUAGACCCCAUCAGGUCGAGGUCUCCUACAUCUUUAACUGCCUCAGCACAGAUCUCAGGUGUGCAUGGAUACCCAUCUCUUAUCUUCCCCCUUCUGUCUCCUGUCUUUGUGAACCGCCUCACGAUCCCAUCACAUUUCUUUACGUCCAGCUUCUGGCCUGUCUCGUCCUGUCUGCACCUGUCUCGUUCCAUAAGCCAUCCCCUCAAUGAGUCCUGCAUCAGUGUGGAGCAGUGUGAGCAUGUGGUAUCGGAGCUGCAGGACAGCAUGCGCAGAGCCAUUCAUCUGUACCGCACGGUGUUAAAAGAUAUGGAGUCUUCUACUGACAAAGAUAAAAUAGCAAGUCUCCUGACAGAAACUUUCUCCUCAAUGAAGAGAGAAUUGGAUUCUCUGAAGGAUGAGGAAGAGCUUCCAAAGGUUAAGGAGGUACUGGUGAAGCCACAAGAUACCACUAGCCCACUGAAUGAGGGAUGUGGUGCCAAUCUACCAAGUCCCAAGAGUCUGGGAGAUGAGCAGACACUGGCUUUGCUGGAACAGUACUCAGAACUAUUGCUACAAGCUGUGGAACGACGUAUGGACAAAAAACUCUAAGAGGGUUGGCUUUCAGGUGUUUGUGAAUACACAGAAAUAAUCCCGAGAAGAGGACCACAGAGAGCUUCAGACUGAUGCUAUCAUCGCACUGGUCUAGGGCUGAUGGGGAGACCUUUAUAGAUUUAUUUCCUCAGGCCUCUACAACUGACUUGCUCUAAUUCUUAGCAAUGUGCUGGCCACAAUUUUAAUGUUUUUUUUCCCAACAGUCUUCAACUUCCUGUGUCUAGACAAAGUCUUGAAAGAGGAAUUUGGAGAAAUUGCCUCGAAAUUUCUUCAUAGCCAAGAGGUCAGGACAUUUGGCACCUAAAGAAACAAAGAAAAUCCAGUUUAUCCAAGAAAUUCUGAACUGCUGACUAAAAACCAAGGAGUCCAAGUGAAGCCAAUCCCUUCCCCUCCAAGGCUUCAGGAGAAUCAAGCAGCAGACUUUUUAUGGAUUUAUUUAUUAAUUUAUUUUUCUGACAGUUGCUCUUUGUCACAUUUGUGGCUAUUAUCUUUGUCCUUUAACAAAAACUGUCAAUCCCUUUGCCAUAUCAGAGCAAGAAACAAUCUCUGUAUUAUAAACCCCCAACAGGGAGACAGGCUGGAGUGUCUGUGCAAUUAAUGAACUAUUUUCUGCUUAAAUCUUGUCUUGCUGUUCUUUCUUUUCCUGCCUUAGUUUCGUUACCUGGAGUAAUCCUACUUCUGUCAUGAAAACCCUGUCUGCUUUUCUCUUGUUUCCAGGCAGUCCCCACGCUGUAUUUUAUCUGCAUUCACCUCCAGGGGAAGGUUCUGCAACCCUUGGACCAUGUUACUUAAUGCAUUCAGUAGUGGUAUUUUUAAUCCGGAAUUUGAUGUUAUAUUGAUACUUCGGACUCUGUUUUCUGCAGACAUUUUUUAAAUGGGAUUUAGAUACAAAUAUGAGAACUUGUUUCAGCCACCUUUCAUGAUUAGAAAUUAGAUAUCAUCUUUGUUAUUGUGACUGGGAAAUUUGAGGUGAUGAUUUAUUUGUUGAGAAGCGACAUAGAAAAGCUGGAUUCCAUCUCUUACAGUGUAACUUUGGAUUUGAGAGAUCUUCACUGCAACGGCUCAUCUCUGUCAUUUAUUCAUUUCACUGUGAUAGGACAUUUUCUUUUUUUGUUUUCAGGAAAACAGAAUAUUUAUAUUCCAAGAAAGAUGGGUUUCUCCUACCUUUUGUAAACUAUUUCAAAUACCUAAAAAAACUGGUUUCCCAAGAACUCUGAACAGAUAUUAUGGGAUAUGAUUACCACCAUUUCUCCUGCUCCCAGCCCCUUUGCUUUUCAUUAAUGUCUUGUCUGAGAAACAGAAAACCUUCCCUUCUUGCAUUCAUGUGUGCAAUACUCUUCUCACCCUGUGGAGCUUCUCUAAGCCCAUGCUAACUUGUGUUUGUUGUGGCUUAAAACUGUCCAGUGAUGUUUUUUUGGUCAAUGAUAAGCUAAGAAAAAAAAAUUCAAACCAAUGGAAUUCUUUAGCACCUUCCCCCUUACUCCCACUCCUUUCCACAACAGGGACAGACAUACAAAAUGUUUUGUUUCUUCCUCCGUCUGCAGUGUGUCUUGUAUUUAUUUCAAGGCAGAACAGUGUAAUCCCAGUUUAUAAAGCUAAUGCAAGCAACAAGCUUUUGGUGGGAGAGAGAGACUGCUAGCACAUGUGGAAGUCACGCAAAGGCAGCCAGACCUCAUCACUUGGUUCCACGGGUUACAGGCUUGAAGCAGUUUGCUUUUUUUCCUGCCCUGGCUGUCAUCUCUUGGAAGCCCUGUGGCACUUGGAAAUGCGCUCUGUUGACUUCUCAUCUUUCUGUGAUUGGAGAUCUGCAGUGCAGCCUUUUUUUUUACCGAGCUGGCCAAGCUGGUGUUGAAUAACUUAUUUCUCCCUAAUAACUCCAGGGCUGAAUAAUCUGCAGUUGUCACUCUAACAGGUUUGCUGGCUGAUCACCCCUGCCGAGUGCUUCAGGAGUUGGCAGUAUGGGGAGCACUUUGAGGGCUUUCUAACUGCUUCUGCUUGUAAUUUAAGUCUGCCUAAUCCCAUCUUGUGUGUCCUUGCUAACCUUUCCUUCCAUGGGCUUGUACUGAAACUUUAAAAGUGUUAUUUUCUAGUCCUGUCUCAGCAUUGUACUGCGCUGAAUCAGCUGGUGUGCUCAGUCACACGGGCAGCUUCUCUUGCACAGGCAGGCUUUGCGAAGGCAGGCAAGCUGAAAACCAGAGAGGAAACUUCUGUCAUUUUCCUUGGGUGAAAAGGUGUGCUGGAGAUGCCGUGAGUGGAAUCUAUGAUGACAGCCAUGUUGGGUCUGUGAUGGAGUUAGUGUGGGUCAAGCUUGCUUUUGAGAUUAUUAGUUCCUCCACUUUCAGACUGUGAACAUGUCCUAGUACACAGGAAAUUUCUUGCUGUACUGGGGCCACAAGACACUCAGGUAAAAUAGCAGUCCCUUCAACCUGGCUAUUUUUUGGUACUGGUGAUAAUGGUUUGAGGGUCCUUUAUAUUACUUCCCUGUGCAAUUUUAUUACAUUUUAUUGUUUAACUUUGAGGUAGUGACAAAAAGGGUCAGAGAUGAUACAGAAGAGCCAGUGGCAAGAGUGAAAUUCCCGUUAAGGUAAAGAGCAUCAAGCAGGGAAGCUGGCAUAGAGAUAUGACACAAAGCUCCUUGGCAAUGAGUCACGUGAAGCAAAUCUGAUUUUUAAGUUGGUCAGAGUAGAGUUUGCUUCCUGGAAUGGAUUUUGCUUGGGGUCAUGGCCGCAUACGGGAAACCAGAGGUAAAAUCUGAUCAGAAUGAUGGUAGAAGUGUCAGGCAAGUAGAUCAGCUGGAGGAUGGUUGUGUAGUUUAAAGUAAAUUAGAAUAGUAUAUGUAGGACACACAGGAAAACAGAGUAGAAAUGGUCUUAGCCUGAGGAACACCAUUUGGCCAAUACCUGUGAAAGAUACAGAAAGGCUUUGUGAAAGUAGAUUUAGGACUGAGAUGGUGAUCUGUAAUUGAAGAAUGAAUUGGAAGGGGGUUGUUUUUAAAUAGGUGCUAUUGGACCUCUUGUUUCUUCGCUUGCUGUCCUCUAAGCAACUGUUGUUUCUUUAAUGGAACGAGCUGUUUAGCCACGGCUUGGAUGUUACGAAUUGAGUAGCAGAAGCCCAAUAAAGGAGAUGCUGGUGCCACAAGUUUGUUGCUAAGAGAGCUGAGGAGAUGGUGUUGCUCUUUAGAAUUUGAGACCGAUCGACCGAUUCUUCCCAGCUAAAUUCCUAUUGCUGGCAGUAGGAAAUAUUCCCAAAAAUUCUAGUUUACAGAAAAAAGCGUAAAUGUGUUACAUUUUGUUGCACCUUGUGAACAUGUUUCACCACAGGCAGUCCAUUGGUGCAGGGAGAGAAAUACUGAGCGGCAACUGCCUGGGAAGUGAAGAGGCCUGUGGGAGGAGGUAAUAAAUUUGAGUCUAUCCCUCUUGCUGGUUUGUGUGGGUGUUAACAUAGACACAACCAGAUAUGUGUAUUAAGUUAUUUAACGUAAAACCUGAAAAAAUAAUUUGUACCUACCUAUUCUCUUUACAUAUAUUUUGCCCCCCCAACCCAACAUUUCUGGUCACAAUGAGAAUAGUUGUUGGGUUGUUGUGGGUUUUUUUAUUUUGUUUUGUUUUUUCUUCCAUCUCAUAGAUAGUAUUAGUUUGCCUGUAGGACCCUCUGGUUCAUUAUUCGGCCCUCUGAACUGGGAGGGCUGCAGCCUGAGAGGGCAGCAAACUGUUUUGUUUCCUGCUGCAGGCAGGGUAACACCUUCCUCCUCCCCAUCCCUCAGUAGCACCCAGGAACUGUGUGUAUGGGAGUCUGCGUUUCCUCCCCCUCCUCUCAGGUUGUCCUCCCCUUUCCGUGCAACCUUGCAGGCAAUGGUUGGGGCAGGCCUUGCAGCAGCCCCCUCCCCAGUCCCCCAUUUUGCAGAUUUCAUUGUGACUCAGAGGAAUCAGGAGCUUUCUUUCCAGGAGUAGAAACAUACAAACUUAAUUUUUUAAAAAGAAAGAUUAUGUAUAUAAUUAUAUAUAAGAAAAAGUGAAAUACAGGUAUUUAAACACCAUUGGUAAAUUAAUGCAUGUAUAUGGUAUCUCCCCCACCUCCCCCCUUUGGAUGUGUAGUAUCCAGGAUACUAAAUGACAAAAACCUCAUUAAGAUAGCAGACAGGUCUUAAUAGCAGCCCCUGAGUGAGCAGGUGCUUCCUUCUCUGGGUAAGACCAGCGUGUCCCAGAUUUCAAACCGUGUGUGUCAGUGACACGGGGGCAGCUGGGACUGUGUUGUGUGGGUAAGCUGCUGUGGAGACGCGUGGGGCAGCAGCGUGGGAAUAAGCCAUGUCCCCCCGCGGGGCUCGCCUGGGCCCCCCUGUGCUCCAGCACGGCCCGUUUCCUUCACCUCCUUAAAAAACAAAGCGAAACAAAAAAAUCCUUCCUGCUUUAUUUAUAAAUGUGUGUUUUUACACUUUUGGCUUUAGGUAAAGUAAUACUUUAAAAUGUACUUUUUUUUUUUUUAAUUAUUUGGGAAAAAAAUAAUCGUUUGUUGGGUUUUUUUGCACUGUGAGGCUCCCACUAGGAGCUGUUUUUAACUCUGUAUUCAUUUGUACUCCGUGUCUUAAACUGUUUCAAUAAAAUGUGACCAUUUGUUACCCA